AUGGCAGCUGCAGCGCCCCCAAUGCUGGCUGCAGACAUGUACACGCCCAAAGCCGACGACGACACAUGGCCAACGGAGUUGGAUGAUCUACAAGAACCACCAGCCAAACGCCAGAAGCUCAACACGGGAGUCAAAGCCAUCGACCAAGCUCUUGAUGGGGGCUUCGAUUUCGGCAGCAUACACUGCAUCACUGCGGAGCCAGAUCAAGAAAUUAAAGAGGUUCUCCAGACACUGCUUCUUUCCCACCUUUGCGGCUCGACACAUGCCACGACCACGGUCAUUGACAGCUCACUCUCCUUCGACCUGUUGGGAUUGUAUCAUGCACUGGAGAGCUCGUCGAAGGAGUCGCAGAAUAUGAAUCAGGACGCUAAGGUGAUGCUGGAGCGCCUCAAAAUUAUGAAAGUCUUCGACUGCAUCGGACUCGCGGAAGCCGUGGGAGAGUUACGCGAGAAUCUGGAACACCCACCAGAAGAUGUCCAAGCCAAGCCAGUCCCAAAGAGCACCAUCGAAGACAGCGAAGAUGAAGAUGAGAUGCUCGACGAUCCGCUUCCAAAACGACAGCCGCCCAUGCCAGCACCAGACGAGACGAAGAAAGAGCCACCGAGACACCUUCUCAUCAUCGACAAUAUCUCCAAAGUCAUCAGCCCGCUGAUCAAGAGCAACUACACCAACGGCCAAGCAGGUCUGGCAUCACUGAUGAGGUCGCUGCGGCAUAUCGCCCGUGAGCAUGAGCUCUGCACUGUGAUGUUUAGCACAGCCAGUAAUAAACCCGCGACGGAAGACGAUACGGCCAGUCUGUUCGCAUCUUGCACGAUCCGACCUGCUCUGGGGCCGACGUUUGGCCAAUUGUUGGAUGUGCAUUUGUAUCUGCAUCAGAUUCCUUCUCGAAAGGUCGCGGAAGCGGAUAACCCGGGAAGUACGGUGGAGAUGGUGAAUAUUCUGGAAGUGGUGCAAGACAGUAUUGGGGUGCGAUAUGGACGAUGGGCGCCAUUUUUGUGCAAAGCCGACGGAACGCUGACAGACUUCCCAUGA